AUGGCAGGUGAACUGUUGUUCUUCUCAGCUGACGACGUCAGGGCUGUGCUAAUAUAUGAUGAUCUAAUCCCUGCCAUGGAGACGGCGCUCGCUCGAUUCUCGGAUCGUGAGAAGGGGGGCGUGGUUCAGCCCGUGCGGUCUACAACCAGGGUUAAUAAAUACAACGGGGUUUUUUUGGUGAUGCCAGCAUACAGUGAAAAGGACAAUGCUCUGGCCACAAAAGUUGUGUCUUUUUACCCGGAAAACAAGGCUGUCCCCACUCAUCAUGCUUUAAUUGUACUACUGGAACCUACAACUGGUGUCCCUAAAGCUGUGAUGGAUGGUGAAAUUAUUACAGCUAUGAGGACUGCAGCAGCCUCUGCAGCUGUUACCAAAGGUGAUGUCAGCUGUUUGCAGCAUUGGUCCUUGUCAUUUCAGCCCAGGUCACUCAAGAAACUGAGUAACCCCUACCUGGCCCCCCCUUACCCAGAUCCUAGCUAUAUUGGGAAUUGGUGUUCAGGGCCUCUCCUGACUACAAUAGGGUUGGGUGUUCAGGGUUGCUCUCUUAUCCUGACUACAGCAGGGAUGGCUGUUCAGCGCCUUCCCUUUUAUCCUGCUACAGCAAAGUUGGGUGUUCAGGGCAACUGUCUUAUCCUCACUACUGGUUGGGUGUUCGGGGCCCCCUCUCAGAUCCUGACUGCAGUAGGGUUGGGUGUUCAGGGCUUUAUUCAGAUUCUGAUUGCAAUGGGGUUGGGUGUUCAGGAUCUCCUGUCUACAGUAGGGGCUCUGUGUAAGCCGUCGCCUCAUAUCCUGGCUAUUGUAGGAGCUGGAGUUCAGGGUCAUUCCCACUACCACUCUCUCAGCUCAAUCUACAAUUUUACUGAGGUACGUAUUGCAAGCAGAACACUGGAGAGUGCUGAGAAGUUAGUGACUCAAGUGCCCAAUGGUAGAGUGUGUGAUUCUGUGGAAGAGGCCGUCAAGGGGGCAGACAUCAUUGUUAUGGCAACCUCUGCAAUGAAACCAUUGCUCAAGGCUGAUUGGGUCAAAGCUGGUACUCAUAUUAAUGCUGUUGGGGCGUGUAAAGCUGACUGGCAGGAGCUUGACCCAGACCUUGUCCGCUCUUCUGUUCUGGUGGUGGACAGUCGCGAAGCAGCCAUGGUGGAAUCUGGAGAUGUCAUUCUGAGCAAAGCCGAAAUAUUCGCUGAAGCUGGUGAAUUGUUCCAGGGUUGGAAGAAACCGCAAACUGAUCAAACCACCAUCUUCAAAUCACUAGGUAUUGGUGUUGAAGACACAGUGGCUGCAAAAUUGGUAUACGACAAGAUCCUACAACAAAGGCCGAAAUGAAGAAAAACGUUUGUAAAGAAGAAAACGUAUAUUACCAAAUAUUUACAUACUGAAACUUUAGAAAAUAUUUUUCCAUACUGACGUACGUGUGUAUGUUGAUUAACUCAUUUUGUACACAUUAAUGUAUAUUAGGCAGGUAAACAAUUUUGACAGGUUUAAUAUCACUUCAUUGAUCAUUGACUGACGGAUCCAAACUAAGUAGGGUGUUACAGCACAUAGGUGUUCACUAAAGCACUAAAAUGCUAGUGUACAGUAGUUUCACCCUGUGGAACUUGGUCCACCAAUAGCACACGGGUUCAAAGAUGUGCACCGGUACUCUUUUUUAGCUGCCAUGUAAGACUUUGAUUCGUAUUGUUAUCUAAAUUGAUUUAUUUAUUUAUUAGAUUGGUGUUUUACGCCGUACUCAAGAAUAUUUCACUUAUACGACGGCGACCAGCAUUAUAGUGGGUGGAAACCACAGAGCCCGGGGGAAGCCUGGGGGAAACCCACGACCAUCCGCAGGUUGCUGGCAGACCUUCCCACGUACGGCCGGAGAGGAAGCCAGCAUGAGCUGGACUUGAACUCACAGCGACCGCAUUGGCGAGAGACUCCUGAAUCAUUGCGCUGCGCUAGCGCGCUAACCAACUGAGCAUCUAAAUUUGGUGAGGGACAACAAAUCAGUACAUUUUAUUCAGUUAUAUUUAUACACAUAACGUCAGCAAUCUAGACUGACCUAUUCAAUCUGAUGCUUUUUUUUAGCAGUGCAUAAAGAAGCAUUUUGCUCAAUCUGUCUGCGUAAGGGGCGCGUCUUGUUAGCAUAUAUACAGAUUCUUCGAAAACUUCACGAUUCAAGUCCCAAGUAUAGAGACCUAUAUGCUCGCGAAUUAUAUUUGGAUCUCAUUUAUACUAUUAUGGUCUUUAUUUCAUGGUAACUGUCUGUUCGUUGUUUAAUCUGUGUUAUAUUAAUGUUGAUUAAACAAAUAUAACAUGUACAUACAAAAUAUAGCCACAACGGAUAUAUGCCUGGCUCAGCUUUACAUCCCGUACGUGGGAGGAUCUGCCAGCAACCUGCGGAUGGUCGUGGAUUUCCUCCCAACAUAAUGCUGGCCGCCGUCGUAUAAGUGAAACAUUCUUGAAUACGGCCUAAAACACCAAUCAGAUAAAUGAAAUAACUCAACGUUACAUUGAUACAUACAUAUGUCAAGUUUAAGAACAAUUUUUUUAUUUUUCAUAGUAGCUUUAAACACACUUGCUUUCAUGGGACACUCACCAUGACAAUCACCAGUAGUUAUAUGAUAGUUUAGCAGAAUUUUUAGACGUAAGGAAUGAGGUAAUUUGUUGCAUAAUAUGCAAAGAAUGCAAAGUGCUGUUUGGGGGCUAUGGAUCAAAAGUGUUUCGAAAUGGCAUUGAAAUCGGCAUUUGUACAAUGGUGAAAAAUUGAACCUCCUUCAUUCCCCAUUAUCAGAAACCAUAGUUUCGGUUGUUAUCAGUUUGUUAAUAUGAACGGAACAGCGAAAUGGGAGCCAUCAAAAGCAAAGUGUCAAUAUCGCAUUUCAGGCAUCAUCAGUCUGUUCUAAAAGCAAAAGACAGUGUUUAUCAUUCAAACAGGCUCGCUGAGAGUACAAUAUGUUUAAAAGAUCCUGUAACAGAUCAUUGUUUUCCAAAGCAUUGAUUCGCUAGAAAACUGCUGAAUCGUCACAUGAUAAAUACAUGUGUAAAACAUUCUUGAUACAUGUGGCGAAUCAUGAAACGCCAUUGUCAUCUGCCGUUAGGAAAAACCUGCGAUGUCUUCGUACAACGAUCCUUUGUAGCUCAGAGAAUGAAAGAACAAAUUUAAUUUUAUUAUUAUCCAAUUGCAUGGUGUUUUAGGCGAUACUUAAUUAUGGUGGGAGGAAAGCGGGCAGGGCCUGGGGGAAACCCACGAAACCCAUGGGGAAACCCAUCAACACACAGUGUUAUGUAAAACUCCGUGCUAAUUUGCACAAGAACAAAUACAAGCAUUUCAUGGAGACGAAAAUAAUAGUAAGCUCAGUGAUAGAAAAGGUAUGAUCAGGACAUUGCUAGGACAAAACAAAAGUGUCAAAUUCUGGUGAAAUAAGCUACAUACAUGCAGAUGAAGGAUACGUUUGACUGUAGAAUCAGCCUGCUGACAGCUCCUUCAUCUUGUCUUUGUAAGCUCUGGUCAGCUAUAGAGUGUCUAACCUUUAUUCCUCGUUGUCAGCUAUGAAUGGUCAGUGCGUUAUAUUACAUUAUGAAUGUCUCAGGCACUAUAUAUCCAGGCGUAGUCACAUAAACUUGAACAUUGAAAGAACAGUGAUUAUUUAAGAACGCUGUAGUCGAUUCCGUCUUAGAAUACUCAGCCAACUCGUGUAAUACGAUUUCACGAUCCGACUCCUCAAGCCUUAUAGCCUUUAUUUCAAGGAAGAGUUUUUGACGCCACGUACAGUAAUAUCGCGUACAUGUCAGGCGAUGUGAAGUUUUGGAGAUUUCUCUUCCGAGAUCAUUGGGAUGAGUAUGGUGCCUUAUUACUUACACGUUAUCACUAUGGAGGCUGCUGUAAGAAGAGGUAUAGUGACAGAGAAUGGAAAAUAGGGAGUGCGAGAGGACCGUAUAUAUGCGCGCAUGUUGAUAGCUUAUGUUGUGCCCCUGAGAAAUUCACAAAGGUCAUAGGUUAAUGUUGGUUGAUUCCUAUCAUGGCACAAACAUGGUUGCUUAGCUGUAAUACACAUAUGGUGCACAGGUUGAUGUUUUACGUUGAUUCAUUGCUUUAGUUAUUGCUGAAAGGCAAGUGAUCUUCAAGGAACGGUAGCCAAAGAUACUCUCGUCAUCGACAGCUUAUUUUCAUCAUGGCCCCACUAACAAUGAGAGUAAGUGUAUUCCCUUCCUAGCGUUUGACAGAUAAGUGCAUGUCUUAGCCACCCGCCACGACUCGCGCUUCUUCGCUUUUAUAUUAAUGAACUUCCUUCAGAUCGAUAAUUUCCGGUGACCUAUCGGAUAGAAGCUCAAUCCACAUUAAUCAAUCGUUUAAUGAUAUUGAUAUCGAUAACUCAUUACAUAUCCUCGAUAUAUUCUGAAUUAUAGCAAAAAGAUAUGAAAUUAUAAUAGAGUGUUUUUUUUUUCAUUUUUUUUGUUACUGAAUUUUCAUAAAACGGAGCGUUCGGUUGAUGUUCAUAAUCUAUUUGUGCUAACGUUCAUUUGUAUUAUCUGUACUAACACGAGCACAUUUCAGGCAUCAUCAGUCUGUUCUAAAAGCAAAAGACAGUGUUUAUCACGGGAUCGCUGAGAGUACAAUAUGUUUAAAAGAUCCUGUAACAGAUCAUUGUUUUCCAAAGCAUUGAUUCGCAAGAAAACUGCUGAAUCGGAGCGUUCGGUUGAUGUUCAUAUUCUAUUUGUGCUAACGUUCAUUUGUAUUAUCUGUACUAUAUAUAUGGGUCGCCGUCAGUCGGUAAUGGAAUAUGAAUAUUGGAUUUUUAUGCUAUCCAAUGGGACUUCGGUAGCAUACAUUUACAUGAGAGGAGAAAUACACGUCGAUUACAAACGUUUAUAACGAAACAUUCCUCCGUCAGACUGAUUAUCGUAUCCACGAUGGAGCCAGUUAUCGUAUGUUUGGUGCUUCUUACAGGACUGACCCAAGCUCAGUGUAAGUACCGGUACGACAACUUUAAUGUCAACAGUGCAAUUAUCGAUCGGUAUAGUCAAAAAGACGAUAAUCUGAUGUGUAGCGUAAGGGUUCCUAACAAAACAUAUCAGAUAUAGGAAAGAGAAGUUUUGCACAUUUUGCCAAUGAUCUUGUUUAAUUGAGGUUAGUUUCAAUAUAUCGAAUUAAUCGACCUAAACUGAUGAAUCAUUCGCUCUUACAUGCUACCAGCUUUAUUUACUGUUUAAGACCCUAUGCGUCAUCUCUUGUAUCUUCAUUUGGGCAUACGUGUUGUUUUGAAAAAGGGUCUUGCGAUUAUCGACUUGGGACGUCCCUUCAUGGGUUAUGAAUGCCGUACGAAUUUCGGAAGUGACACGCUGUGGAAGGUUUCUACUAAAGUUGGAAAUUCACUGUUAAAUGUCGUUACAGUUGAAGUUAUCACCAGUGUCAGAUUUACAGUGCACCAAAAUGCUCUCGUACAAGCAUUUGUUUCUCACAUUUUUAUGGUAACCAUUUAUUUUUUUACGGAAUAAAUACAGCUUUUCGAGUGCCAUGUAAAAGAACCCAAUUUAUGAUGGUAUUUUAACGGACUAUUGCUGAGAUUGCUGAAAUUAGAGUUGGAAGCAACUGUAACUGUUACGUAGUAAUUGAUAUUUCUUUCCGGAGAAAUACCCAAUUAUUUUGAUAAAAUUCAAGUUGCGGUCUUACUGGACGGAUAUAGCUCAGAAAUGGCACGCUGGAUUUGUAUUAAACAGUUGUCUGUUUUUCACUAGCAUUUCUAUGUACCAUGUACCAUCGUAAAUAAAGUUUAUUUCAUUCCAUGAAGACUUGGAGGAACUUGCUCGAGACAAACCCACACAGCAAUCUGGGGUGCAAACGUAUGUUUACCAGGGUAAUGUGUUCAACGGGAAUUCCAGUUUUGCCGUGGAUCGAAAGCCCGUCACUGGACUGAACCAAACGUGCAGCUCGACUGCCAAGUCAUUUGCACCAUGGUGGAUGGUGGACCUGCAGGAUGCGUAUCUUAUUAAAGGAGUGACAAUUCAUCCAAGGCCACAAAGUUGUGUGAUUUUUAACUUCACAAUAUCAGUGUCACUAUUUUGGGAUGAUUCCACGGACCAAAUGGUAAAUCCGACUCGUUGCUAUGCAAGCGAAGAUCGUCUACAGAACGGCACACAAACAGUUCUUUCUUGUGUUAAACCACUGAUGUCUAGAUACCUGAAAAUCAGUAUGUUCCCAAAGAGGAAGCCAAAGUCCCUGUGUCUUUGUGAACUGGAGGUGUUUGGAUUAACAAAUGAGAGAUUCUUCCUGUAUCAGUCGAGACUAGGAAAGAGAUCCACAAGCCGUUACAUACAAACCUUGAAGGUUCCGGACAGUGUGGUUUGUUCCGCGUAUUGUAGGCAUCACGUGGAUUGUACCUCUUUCAACAUGGCGACAGAGAGCGGAGUUUGCGAGCUGAUCGCUGACCCUUUGGACAAUCUGCAUGGGAAUGAGGUGUCAGAACCCGGAUGGACGCGAUAUAUAUUACACUAGAUAUCAGCAAAACUGGGAAGCAUUAUAUGCGGACGUAAAUUCAAAAUUUGUUGCAACACAAUGCAUUACUGGAUGGGCAUAAAAAAAUGGACCGUACUUUGACACUCAAAAUCUCCGAAACCGUCUUACCUCACUUUUUUCCAACAGUCCUUGCGUGCUUCAACCUUCUCCCUCAUAAACCUUCUCGCUCAGAGAAUUCCAUACAGAGUAGUCCAUGGGACUGCAGUCGGGGAUCUGCGGUGUCCACUCGGCCUUAGUUAUGAAUGAAGGAGUCACUCCCUCAAGAUGCUGCUGUGUUGCACGGCUGGCAGUUUGAAAGGGUUUGAACAAAUGACAAUGGAGCAAUGCAGCAUCUUCUAAGCCCAUUUUUUAUGCCCACCCGAUAGAUAGUUUAGAAAAUAAUGGCACGGAAAUAAGGAUAUGGUUUGCCAGCAAAUAAUAUAAGCACAUGUAUAUUUUCACCCAUACAAUGCUUGCAGAUUGUGAAUGAUUUUUUUAAACUUAUGGGUAUCGUUUACAUUAUAUGCAUGGCUACUCUGUUUUUUGUUAAAUUCUCCCUAGGAGAAUGAUGUGAACUUUGACCAGAGGUUUUAUGAAGCAACCUGGUGACGACACUGGGAUUAAGUUUUUACUUAAGUCAACAUUUAUAACUUAUAAUAAGCUAUUUAUUCUUGGAUUCUAGGAGCUAAAGUUGUAAACACGUAAUCAGUGGGAUGUGAAGACAUACCUAUUUCAUCUUUAUCGUUAAGCAUAUCGGGAAAAUUUUUAAAAUUUACUUUAGGCUGUCAAAUUUGGAAAUUUUCUCGGUCUAACGUAUGGCAAUGUGUCUACAAUUUUAUGACGUGUUUUCGUGAAUUAUCUCAUAUUCUUGGAAUAUUUACCGCGUUAACUUUUAUUCAGAACCGGAUUUCAGAAGACGCUAAUAUAGUUAUAAAAAUUAAGUGAUCAUUAACAAGAGUGGUUUCUGGUAUUGAUUUAAAUAAAAAUGUAGUCGAUAUGUAGUAUUUAUAUUAUUGUCUCUCUUUUCAUGAGCUCAGAAUUUCUAACCUAAAAGCACCCAACGCUCACAUUAAAAUGAAAUGUUGUUAAGAUCAUUUCACUACGAGCUCAUUGACCACGCCUUACCGGGCGAAGCAGAAAUAGCCCUUGAUUUCACGAUGUGUUCUAUAAUACAUGCUGUUCAAGAAACAUAUCCGAAUAGCAAGCAAAUUUCGCAGUUUAUGCCCUCAACCAGUAAAACGUGUAAGGCAGCUCCCAAUUGGGCCAGAUGGUCGUCUUGUGCAAGCAAAGGAUCCACCUGUACAUGAUCUGGCUCAAUUGGAAUCCGCCUUGCACGAGGAAUGGCAGCGGUUUCCUCUGCAGAGUAUCAGGAGGCUGACAGGUGGUAUAAUGAGAAGGGUUCAGACUGUCAUCGAGGCUCACGGCGGAUACACCCGAUAAUGACGUAAAAGGCUUUAAGAGAUACCAAAUGACGUUUUCAUUGAGUAAUUUCAACCACUGCUUCAAAACUGCUCUCUUUAGAACCAUACUUGUAAAGCCAGUGUUUCACAUUAAAACCAGUGAUGAUAGAAAUACACGUGUGUUAUCAUUAAAACACAAGGAUUCCAAUCAUUUUGUCGUGUUUCAUUAGCCAAAAGGUCACAUGGUUCGUGACCAAUCACAUUUUACACUCUUUUGAUACAGAAAAACAUUAAUCGCAUAUGUACAUGCGAGAAGUGUGCAGUUUCCAGUGAUGCUGAAAAGGCACAAUUUAUAACAAUCAAAUCCAGCACGUAGUCCAAUGAGGCAAGAAAAAGGCUGAUAGUAUUUCAGAUAGACUUUCAAUGCAACUGUUCAUAUAAACAUAGCGGGGAUUAUAAGGCUGUGUCGUGUACAUACAGUUCCUAUAUAGCCCCAAGUUAAACGGAGUAAGAUGCAUGCUUAUAAAGCGCGUAGCGCCGUGGAUUUUUCACGCUAUGAUUAUAUGUUGUAAUUAAUGGUUGAACAAAAUUUAAGGCACUUUCAAUAGAGAGACUUGAUAGUGUAGCCUUGACUUAGAAGUUUUAACCAGUGUUUUUAUUACGUAGAUUGAAAUCGUCAAUGUUUGUACACGCUAUAGAAAGAUUUGUACACACCUUAUGCUGGGCUUUCUGUGAUGUUUUCUGCCAUUAAUAAAUCGAUAGUUAACAAUAUCGAAAUUAAAGUCAUGGAUUAAAUCUCGAUGAAAGAUCUUCGUGUAGAGGAUCGAGAAGUCUCAUGUGGAGAUGUCCUGCCAAUGUCUUUGAAUUGUCUGGUAUCCACAUGCAUUGUAUAUUUUUAGGAUAGCUGAAAAGCAUUUUUCCAAAACUGUUUUAACUUCCUGUAGAGUUUUUGUUCACAAUGUGGACAUUUUCAUUUUGUUGUGCAUUUUCAGGUUUCAGAUAUAAAUCUUGCCUGACAUGCAUGGUGUUGUUAGCAUGUCUGCUAUCCUGUAUAUUGGUGGUGAGUCUUCAUGAUUGGGUUUAAGUGAAAUACCUGAUCUUUCAGAAUGUUGUCGAAGUUGCUCCCAGCUGAAGAGCGCGAGUAGUAUUUUGGCCUAGAUUUUUUUUCUGUCUAUUUUUAACCCUUCUACAAGUACUUUGUAAUAAUAGUUUAUGCAAAAGAAUGUGUAAAUAUGGUUAUUUUGUCUGCCGAAACAACGUACGUCGUAUUUGUCUGUUAUUUGUCUUAGCUGGUGGAUGGUUUCUUUCACCUUUACGAGGUUAAGUCAGGUUUCGAGGAAAGAUGUUGUAAUUUCUUCUCCUUUAGCCCAAUUGAUGAUGUAUUUUCCAAUGCUAUGAAACAAUAAAAAGUAA